CGCACGCGGCCGUCGUGUUUGUCUCCGUCCGUGCUCAUGGACAUGGAGGCGAGCAAGUACAACGUGGUGAGCAAGCGUCCGCUGGCGGCGGCGACUGUCCCGUCGCCGGACAAGGCGAAGAAGGCCAAGUUCGGCGAGCAGGCGGCGCAGCCGCGGGUGAACGACCAGCCGGGCCUGUCGUGGGAGAGUUUCCAGAAGCAGCGGCAGGCGCUGCCCAUCUUCAAGUGCAGGGCCAGGGUGAUCAACGCCGUACGCGGGCAGCAGACGGUGGUGCUGAUCGGCGAGACAGCGUGCGGCAAGACGACGCAGGUGCCGCAGUUCCUGCUCGAGGCCGGCCUCCACAGGAACAGGCUGAUCGCCGUCACGCAGCCGCGCAGGGUCGCCGCCAUCACGGUGGCGCAGCGCGUGGCCGCCGAGCGCGGCUGCUGCAUCGGCGAGCAGGUCGGCUACGCCGUCCGCUUCGAGGACGUCACCUCGGACACCACCAAGAUCAAGUUCAUGACCGACGGCCUGCUCCUCCGAGAGGCCAUGCUUGACCCUCUGCUGCUCCGGUACAACGUGAUCGUGCUGGACGAGGCCCACGAACGCUCCGUCGCCACCGACGUGCUCUUCGGCGUCGUGAAGGAGGCGCAGCGCCGACGCGCCAAGCAGGAUCUGCCCCUUAAGAUUGUUGUGAUGUCUGCGACGAUGGACGUAGACCACCUGCGGAAUUACUUCGCAGGGCGGCCAGCCAAGCAGGUUGUGCCGGUGGUGUGGGUCGAGGGCCGCGUGCACGAGGUGCAGAUCAAGCACACGACCAAGAGCCACGACGACUACGCCGCCGCUGCGCUCAGCACCCUCUUCCUCGUUCACAAGACAGCGCCUGCCAGCGAGGGAGUCCUCAUCUUCCUCACGGGCCAGGAGGAAAUCGAAGACAUGGCUGCCACCAUUCCUAAAAUCGCAAAGGAGGUUGGAGGCGCUCCGAUGGUCGUGUUGCCGCUGUACGCCGCCCUGCCGCAGGAGCAGCAGGUGCAGGCGUUCAAGCCGGUGGCUGCGACAGUCCGCAAGGUGGUGCUGGCGACCAACAUCGCCGAGACCUCGGUCACCAUCAACGGCAUCAGGCACGUCAUCGACUCCGGCAUGGUGAAGCAAAGGACGCAUUUCGUGGGCACGGGGCUGGACGUGCUCAAGGUGCAGCGAAUCGCGCAGGACCAGGCGUGGCAGCGCACCGGACGCGCCGGAAGAGAGGCCCAAGGCACCUGCUUCCGCUGCUACACCAAAGAGGAAUUCAGUCGUCUUCCGGCGUCGACGGUACCUGAGAUGCUGCGCAUCAACCUGAGCUCGGUGGUGCUGCAGCUGCUGACCAUGGGCGUGCGCAAGGUGGCCGACUUUGACUUUGUGGACAAGCCGAAGCCGGAGGCGCUUCUGUCCGCCGUGCAGCAGCUCAAGGCGCUCGGCGGCGUGCUGGAGGCCUCUAACGAGCUGCAGAUCACGCCGCUCGGACGUCAGAUGGCCGCCUUCCCCAUCGACGCGGCCUACGCUCGCGUCCUCAUCGCCUCUGGCACGCUCCAGUGCAGGGAUGAAAUCGUGACCCUGGUGGCGCUGCUGUCUGGCGAGGGGGUGCUGCAGUCGUCUUCGAGUAAGCGCAACGAGGCGCUGGUGGCGCAGAGCAAGUUCCACUCCGAGUUUGGCGACCACGAAACGCUGCUCAACGUGCACAACGCCUUCACAGCCGCCAAAAACAAAAAGGUUUUUUGCAGGGAGAACCACCUGAGUCUGCGCGCCCUGAGCCACGCGACGCAGGUCAGGGAGCAGCUGGUCGCGCUGUGCGACAAGGCCGGCGUCACUCAGGGCUCGUGCGGCAAGGACCUGACGCAGGUCAGGCGCUGCCUCGUCUCCGGCCUCUUCAGCAACCUCGCCACGCACGCCCGAGACAAGCUCUACGUCACGGUGUCGAACCGUCAGUUCGUGUCGCUGCACCCGUCCAGCGUGCUGUUCGACGCGACCACGCCCCCUAGCUGCGUGCUCUUCUCCGAAUUGGUGCACACAGGCCGCUCGUACAUGCGCAACGUGAGCGUCGUAGACGCCGAAUGGGCCGCCGACGCCCUCCCCUCGCUCAGGCACCGACUCGCUGCCUCCCCUCACGCCUGACCACGCCCCUCCACCUGUGUACGAUAUUAAAAUUGUAUUAUUAAAGAAAGUUUUUGUAAAGAA